CCAGGUCCCAGCAGGAAUGGCAGUGGAGGAAAUUGGCACCCAGAUGGUUCCUCGGCGUGAAGUUGUCUUGGGCUGCGGGCCGACUCGAGAACACCUGUAACCAGGCUAACCCUCUGUCAGUCACCCAGGGCAGGGCAGCAUGGUGCGGAUUCAGAGGAGGAAGCUUCUGGCAUCUUGCCUGUGCGUCACAGCUACUGUCUUUCUGCUCGUCACACUCCAGGUAGUGGUUGAGCUGGGAAAAUUUGAAGGGAAGACGUUUAAAAAUUCUAAUUUGAAAGACGGACAUGCACAAAUGGAAGAAGAGCCUGUACAUCUCCAUCCAUUCCUUAAGAGAGAAGGACUGACCCUGCAUAGGAAAAAAACAUUGGCAGCUGAUAGCUACCCCAUCAUGCUCUGGUGGUCCCCGCUGACUGGGGAAACUGGAAGGCUAGGCCAGUGCGGGGCAGACACUUGUUUCUUCACCAUCAACCGGACCUACCUCCAUCAUCACAGGACCAAAGCCUUCCUCUUCUAUGGUACUGACUUUAACAUAGAUAGCUUACCUCUGCCUCGGAAAGCCCAUCACGACUGGGCCCUUUUUCAUGAAGAGUCUCCGAAAAACAAUUAUAAGCUCUUUCAGCAGCCAGUCAUCACCUUGUUCAACUACACGGCCACCUUCAGCCGGCAUUCCCACCUGCCACUAACUACCCAGUACCUGGAGGGCACAGAAGUCCUGAAGUCACUCCGAUACCUGGUCCCCCUGCAGUCCAAAAACAACCUUCGAAAAAGUCUCGCUCCUCUGGUGUACGUACAGUCCGACUGUGACCCGCCCUCAGACAGAGACAGCUACGUUCGAGAGCUGAUGACAUACAUCGAGGUCGAUUCUUAUGGCGAGUGUUUGCGAAACAAAGCUCUCCCUCAGCAGCUGAACGGUCCAGCCUCUAUGGACGCUGGUGACUUUUAUAGGAUCCUUGCCCAGUAUAAGUUUAUCCUUGCUUUCGAGAAUGCGGUUUGCAAUGACUACAUCACUGAGAAGUUCUGGAGACCUCUGAAACUAGGGGUCGUCCCUGUUUAUUACGGAUCACCCAGCAUCGCAGACUGGCUUCCAAGUAAUAGAAGUGCUAUCCUGGUAUCAGAAUUUUCUCACCCCAGAGAGCUGGCAAGUUACAUCAGACAGCUGGAUCACGACGACAGACUGUACCAGGCCUACAUAGAAUGGAAGCUGAAGGGUGAGAUCUCGAAUCAGCGACUUCUCACUGCCCUCAGGGAACGGAAAUGGGGGGUGCAGGACAUCAAGCAGGACAACUACAUCGACGCAUUUGAGUGUAUGGUGUGCACCAAGGUGUGGGAUAACAUUAGGCUCCAGGAAAAGGGCUUACCACCCAAACGAUGGAAGGCAGACAUUACCCACCUGAGCUGUCCAGAGCCGACAGAGUUUGCUUUCUCACCCCUCGCCCCACGUCGGAGCUCUUUGCGAGAGAUGUGGAUACCAAGCUUUCAACAAUCCAAGAAAGAAGCCCAAGCACUAAGGAAAUCCCCAAACAGGAAAUGAGAUGUUGCAGGCUUUGGGCUUUGGGGACAGACUCACGAGAGAGAUACAUUUCAACAGCCUAAAAAUUGCUCUUCUUGGCUUCUGAGGACAUGCAGCCAAGCCAAGGUGAACCCCCCUUCCUCCUUCUGUCUGCAGCUGGCUCGGGUGCCCAGCGUGUCACCACCCAUCACCCCAGAACCAGUGUUUCCUAAACACAGCCACAUUCCUCCCCAUCGACACAGGACCUCAGCUCACAUUGCCCCGGUCUGUAACAAACUAGAGGGUCAUUCACGAAGGGCAUGGAGAACAAGGAGAAAACAACCCCUAAUCUUGUGUGGACUGGGAAGAAUCUGUUUUGGCAGGCACAGGACGGGGACUGCUGUAGAACUCGGGGGUGAAACAGUCUGGUCUCAGUGCUGGCAGCCUCUGCGAUGACCUUGGAAAAGACCUUGUAUCAAGCUGAUCAGAACCUCCAGACAAAACACGUGAGUUCAGCCAAACAUUUGAAUGUUUCCGACGUUCGCCUGUUCUCCAUCACACAGAGACAGUCUUCAUUGCGCUGGACUUCGAUUUGACUCUCAGAAAAGCUGUCGAGAAGGGGUCCCUCUCUACUCCCGUUCUCUCCUUUUCCAACACCCCCAUAAACAAAUUAUGGGGACAUGAUUGGGCAAUACAGGUAUAUCAAGCUCUCGUCCGAUCUACAUAUUACCUGGAAUACAGUGGAGGUGGAUUUGGGUUAAUUUGGAGAGGACUGGAAAGUGACACCAAGACAGGGACCUUGAACGUGUCACCAGGAUUUACAGAUCUUUCACAGUGCUGUCCUUCGCAUAUGUCCUUGCUGCUUCCCAAUGAAACAGAGAACUUGGUCACGGGCAGUGCCCAGCUUCCCUCAUGUCUUGUGUUUACACGUGUCACAUAUUUCUGCAGGGCACUGCCCACUGAGAUAACAGAUUAAUCUGAGGUAGUCAUUAAUUGUUUGACGUCUGUUAUAUGGGAGGAUAGGAUGGUUCCAGGGUAAAUAAAAUUUGAGAAUAGCCCGGGGUAAGUGACAGCAUUGCUGUUUUCUCAUCUCCCAUGGACUUCAGACCUUCCAAGUGAGCUUGGCAAUUAUCUAAAAAGAAAGGAGUGACGUGGUUUUACCCAGUGGGGGCUUUCAUUGUCCAUUUGGGUCCCUUCGUUUACUGCAUCUCAAAGAAACCAUGACAACCGUAUUUGUCUCUAUUUCUUCUCCCCCCAAUGCUUCUGGCUCCAUCUGUUCAAUACUCACCAAGAAAGUCAACAUUUGGUCUCUUUUCUUGUUGUAAGCAAAAGUACACUUAUGUGAGUUCAUUUUUUUAAGAAACAAAAGAAAAUAAAAAUGGAAAGGUUGUGUUUGGAUUGAUAAAUUGUUCAAUACCUUCUCUACACCUCCUCUUUCUUAAUUUUCACUGACUCGUGACAUGUUCGUUUAUUUGAUUUGUCAGAAAGUGCCUGUGCAAUGUGCAGAGAUGUGUCAUCCUAGGAAAACAAAACAACCAAAACCCCUGCUUUGUAGGUGGAUAUCUGUGUGAUGAAAAAAAUGCCUCCUCUGUUUUCAGUCAUGGUGGUGCACGUCUAGAUCUAACCAUAUUCCUUUCACUUCCAAAACCUCAAAUAGUGGAAGGUGGGUUUGUCUUCUAAAGCUUUCUGCAAGCUCUUAGGGUCACGUGGCUCUUUGAUGAGCCCCGCACAAAAAAGCAGUAACUGAGAGGAGGAAAUAUAUGGCUCGACUCCAGUGGGACACCAGUGGGACCUCUUUUU